AUCCUUCACAUCUGACUCUUCCACCUUUGACCUCCGCCCUGGCGCCAAAUUUGCGCGCCAUUUCCACCAAUGCUUUGUCAGGCAGAACCCAGCGUCUGUGUCGGCGAACCCGCAAAAAAGAUCCCAAAACUCGACAUGCCUUCCAACAAGAUUCUUCUCCGUUUCGCCAAGAUGACAGAGAACGCCUUCGCGCCGACCAGAGGGUCUAUACAGGCGGCUGGGUACGACUUGUACAGUGCCUAUGACUACACCAUCCCAGCACAGGGCAAGGUUCUAGCCAAGACUGACAUCCAGAUCGCACUACCUGAAGGCUGCUAUGGCAGAGUGGCUCCUCGAUCUGGCCUGGCACACAAAAACUUCAUAGAUGUCGGAGCUGGUGUGAUUGACAGGGAUUACCGUGGCAACGUGGGCGUCAUCAUGUUCAACUUCGGCAAGGAAGAGUUCAAAGUGAACAAAGGAGACCGGAUAGCCCAGCUGAUCUGUGAACAGAUCUUUAUGCCAGACCUGGUGGAGGAACAGAGCCUUGAUGAAACAGAGAGAGGAGAAGGAGGGUUUGGUUCCACUGGGGUUGCGGCAAAGUGAAGAAUAAACAGAACAGGAGCUGCACUAGAUAUAAUAUUUUGUACUACAUCAGACUAGGAACAUAUGUCUCCCAUAUAAACGUGAACUUUUUACUAGAUACUAUCAGGAUUACCUCAUGUUCUUGCCUAUGACAGUGGUGUAUGCAUAUGUGUUUCAAAGUAUAAAGUAUACCUGUGGAAGUUUUGACUCACAGUAUGGGAGGUGUUGGCAUUAAUCAAUGACAUACACAUGUACAUGUAUCACUGGUUUUAAUGACCAAAUAAAACAACCAUUUUCUUUGUU